AUGGCAAACCCUUACAGCGCCUACACGAACGGCCAGUUCAUGAAUCCUGGUCCGGCGCCCCGACCACCGACCGACCGCAACCACCCACGCCUUAAUCUUACACCUAAUACCAAUUCCCCUGGAAGCCUACCGGGAAGCAUGGCCAACAUGGUCAUCUCUCCGAUAACGCGCACCGCCACCUCGACAUACACGGGGUCUACCAUCUCGUUACCCCUCGCACGCGAGCGGUCCAACCAGACAGAUGGCAUGGGCGGUGUCGCAGUCCUCAAGGAAGGCUGGGCGCAGGUGAAAGAGAGCAGGAACUUCAUUCAGCCGUGGAAACAAAAGUACCUGGUCCUGAGGAAAGAGGCGCUCGACUUCCACAAGACGGAGGGUGGCAAGGUCUCGUACACGAUCUACCUCAAAGACGUAGUAAACGUUGGGAGGGUUGAAGCUGCUGGCACCAUGUUUGAGAUCAAGAGACAUACACAGGCUUCGUCCAACAGUCCAGGUGACGACGACGGAAAUGUGAGGACUCUAAACAUAAGGGUGAAGAGCGAUGAUGAUCUCUACGAUUGGAUUGAUCUCCUAUAUGGCGCGUGUCCUGGCAUGGGCGGUGUUAGCAAUCCGACCAACUUCUCACAUGCGGUACACGUCGGUUUCGAUCCUCAGACAGGGCAGUUCGUGGGCUUACCACCCGAAUGGUCCAAGUUGCUGAACUCUUCAGCCAUUACCAAAGAAGAUUACGAGCGCAACCCCCAGGCUGUCUUUGAGGUCUUGGAUUUCUAUUCCGAUCUUACGAAGAGAGCGGAAAACCCCCAGCAAUAUCCCAGUCUCACACCCACACCACCCCCUGGCAGCCAGCAGAACAAGGCCCUCGGAUAUGGCGGUGGUUCCUCGGUUGCGCCUCCUCGUCCGAUGCCGCCUUCUCAGCAAAGAAGCAACUAUAACAAUGUGCCCGCACAACAGGGUAGCGCUGCUCCGAUGCGGCCGACGCCUCCGGAGAAUUUGUCACAACAGCGACAACAGAUGCAAGGCAUGGCACCUAACUAUGUGGCGCCAGAAAUAUCUAGAGAGGACCAACGCCAGAAACAACUGGAGAUGCAGCGACAACGGGAAAUGGAGGAGCAGAACCGAAGAGACCUGGAGCAAUACAACGCCUCGAUUCCCAAGAAGAAGACUCCUAUGGCUCAGCAAGAGAUUGGCGGUGGUGGGUACAGUGGAUCUGGUCCAGAUCGUUACAAUCCGACCCGAGCGGCUCCUCCCGCACCGAAGUCGAUGAAUCAGCAGGCAAGCAGCCUCCGUGCACAACGUCCUGCACCACCGGCACCGAAUGCUCAGACGCCUUCGUCCAGGCCCGCACUGACACAACAAACGAGUUCAAGCUCUGUACCGACUUCUCGAGAACCCCAGUCGAACUCAGCCGCGCAACGUAUGCCACCCCAAAAUGGUCAGGCAGCGUCAGCACCUCGAUAUCCGAACAGCACCAACGGUGCAUCCCAGCCCCGUACCAAUGGUCAAAGCCAGUCUUCAUCUCCGUCCCGCCUCCCUGCGCCUGUCAAGCCCCUCAAUGUGCCAGCAAAGCCAAGCCAACCAGCACAAACUGACAGCAUCAAGGCAGCCGAAGCCGCUCUUACGGCCAAGCCAGCUCCUUCGGAGAGGAAGCAGGAUGUGCGCAUGUCCACAAUGUCCGAAAAGGAGGUCAUGGCCAAGCUUAUUGAAGCUGUCUCGAAAGAUGACCCUAACUUGUCUUACUCGAAGCAGAAGAAAAUUGGCCAAGGAGCUUCUGGUUCAGUCUACGUGGCCAAGGUCAAGGAAACCGCUGUUUCUCCAGUUGCCAGGGACGUCCUUCGCAGUUUUGGCGCGAGAGCCCAGGUUGCCAUUAAACAAAUGGAUCUCGCACACCAGCCGCGCAAGGAGCUCAUUGUGAAUGAAAUCAUGGUCAUGAAGGAUAGCAAGCACCGGAACAUUGUCAACUUCCUUGACGCCUUUCUUCGCAACAACAAUUCCGAGUUAUGGGUCGUUAUGGAGUACAUGGAGGGCGGUGCUCUGACCGAUGUCAUUGAUAACAAUCCUGUCAUCACUGAGGAACAGAUCUCGACAAUCUGCCUCGAGACUUGCGCCGGUUUAGAACACCUUCACUCCCAGAAUAUCAUCCAUCGUGAUAUCAAGAGUGACAACGUUCUCUUGGAUGCUCGCGGCAACGUGAAGAUCACCGACUUUGGUUUCUGUGCCAAGCUUACUGAGACCAAGUCGAAGCGAGCCACCAUGGUUGGAACACCCUAUUGGAUGGCCCCCGAGGUCGUCAAGCAGAAGGAGUAUGGUCCCAAGGUCGACAUUUGGUCCCUAGGUAUCAUGGCGAUUGAGAUGAUCGAGUCGGAGCCCCCCUACCUUAAUGAGGAGCCGCUCAAGGCCCUUUAUCUCAUUGCGACCAACGGCACACCUCGCUUGAAGAAGCCAGAGAAACUCAGCAAGGAACUGAAAGCUUUCCUGUCUGUCUGCCUAUGCGUUGAUGUCAAGAGCCGAGCGUCUGCCAAUGAGCUCCUGCAGCAUGACUUCUUGAAGCACGGCUGCCCGCUACCCAGCCUCGCCGAGUUACUCGCGUUCCGAAAGCAUGCCAAGUAG